UCGCGCCCGGCUCCGCCUAGCGCGCACGCGCAGGGGGCGGAGCGGCCGAGCGGGGUCACUGGACGCGCCGUGAUUGGUCCGCGGCUGUGACGCGGCGGCGGGGCGGAAGUGGCGGCUCCGACCAUGGACAGCAGUGAUGACAUUGAAGAUGUGUCUCUCUUUGAUGCAGAUGAUGAUGCAUCCAGGAGAUCCAAAAAGUCAAAAAUAAGGCACCCAGUGGCAUCAUUUUUCCACCUGUUCUUCCGAGUCAGUGCCAUCGUUGUUUACCUGCUCUGUGAGCUCCUAACCAGCAGCUUCAUUGCCUGCAUGGUGACCAUCAUCCUCCUCCUGUCCUGUGACUUCUGGGCUGUAAAGAACGUCACAGGGCGGCUCAUGGUUGGCCUUCGCUGGUGGAACCAGGUGGAUGAUGAUGGCAGGAGCCACUGGGUGUUUGAGGCCAGGAAGGUACCAGCACAAGGGGGUAAGACCUCAUCUGAAGCAGAGUCCCGAAUUUUCUGGCUAGGCCUGAUCACCUGCCCCAUGAUCUGGGUGAUCUUUGCCUUCAGUGCUCUCUUCUCCUUCAAAGUGAAGUGGUUGGCAGUGGUGGUGAUGGGGGUGGUGCUGCAGGGAGCCAACCUCUACGGCUACAUCAGGUGUAAAGUUGGCAGCAGGAAGAACCUGACCAGCAUGGCCACCAGCUACCUGGGGAAGCAGUUCCUGCGGCAGACCAUGGCUACAGAGGACCAGGCAGCAUCCUGAGUGUGGUGGGAGCCUCCAGCCAGGCUGCAUUCCCAGCAGUGACCAGCAGAGAAGUUGCUCUGACCAAUUUGGGAGCUGCACACAAGGUGUGAAUCAAAAGAAGUAAAUAAAUUGUGCAAGACUUGAGGUUAACACUCCUGGCAACUUAUAUUCCCUUUUCCACUAGCAGUUUGUGUUUAGGUCUUCUCUUUAGUUUGAUUAACAAGAAUUAAUUUGCUUAAACUUUAAAUCAAAAGAUAACCUGAGUGGGUUUCGUAGAGGUUUAGAGCUACUGGAUGAGUUUUAAAAAAUUUGCUGGAGAUUCUUCAGAAAAGCCAUGUACAAGCCAAGCCUUGGGAGCUCUCCUGCUCCUUCAGCACUUGGUGCCUGGGUGCUUUCAGCUGUGGGCUCUCAGCUUUGGCUCUUGGAGGUUGUUGCUACAGUUUAAGUUGUGAAUUUUUGGCCCUGCAUCCCUCACUGUGUGACUGGAAUGGCUCUGAGGGCUGCAGUGAGGGGCAUCUGAAGGAAGUGGAGCUGCUGGAAGAUCCCUGAGGUCCCAUGGCAGCUGCAGAAAGUGACCUGUGAGCUGGCCGUGGUUUCUGAAGCCUUCACAGACCUGGAGAACAUUCCAGAUCCCUGGAUCUGGGAGAUCCCUGCAGGCCUGGGCCUGUCUGGAGAGAGGGGAAGAGAAGAAGCAGUUUCCAGAGAAGGCUGCAGGGCUGUGAGAGCAGCCUUGUGUGCCUGGCCUGUCACCCUGAGGCCAUGGCCUGUCCUGGAGGGGACCCUGGGGCCAUGGGGCUGCUCCUCAGGCCAGCAGGGUGUGGGGAUGGGAGCUCCUGGCACAGGGUGGCACUGGCAAGGUGUGCUGCCCCUGAGCUGGGGAGGGCCCUGGCUGGGGGCAGUGCUCACAGGGGUGGCACUGCUGUGUCUGAGCUCAUCCCUGCCCUGGGACCAGCUCAGCUCCCUCUCUGGGCUCUGCCCUGGAGCCUGUGCUUCCACAGCAGCAGGUGCUGAACAUUCUGGGUCAGGACUGUGAGUGAAGAAUUUACAUGAUGGUUUCUCUCUGACUCCUGUGUGCUGUGGAUUGUGGGGUUGCAUUGCCCUGGUUCCUGUCCCUGUGCUCUGCAGUACUGGCAGCUGUACAUUUGUUUAAUUCUGAUUGAUACCUUCCUUUUGUAAAUAUGUAUUUAUAAAAUCUUGAAAAUAAAAUGCUGCUUUGUUUAACCAGCCCAGACCUCC